UGAGCCCGAGGGCCCCUCCCCCUGCCUGCUUGCCUGCCCCAGAGGUGGGCAGGACUAUACUGCUCCCGCCCUAUUCCACCCCACAUAUCCCACAAUCCCUCUUUCUCUCACCCUUUCCUCUGCAAACCUCCCAUGUGUCUGGCUGAUCGGAAGCAAAGCAGAAAACGAUGGCUCCUCCUAAAGCUGCUUCAUAUCCCUUUUCUGGUCUUACCUGUUCAGACAGCAACACGGAGGCUUCGCCUCACCCGUGCUUUGCCAACCGCCUGCGGUGGGACUUGACGGCGCAGCAGAUCCAGAGUGGCACCGCUGAGCUUAUCAAGAAGACCAAGCAGGUGUACGAUGCUGUGGGGGCCCUGGCACAGGGCGAUGUCUCCUACGAGAACACCCUGAAGGCUUUGGCUGUGGCAGAGGUGGAGUACACAGUUCAGAGGAACAUGCUGGAUUUCCCUCAGCAUGUAUCCCCAUGCAAGGACGUCCGCACAGCGAGCACAGAUGCCGACAAGAAACUCUCGGAGUUUGACGUGGAGAUGAGUAUGAGGUGGGAUGUCUAUCAGCGGAUCAUCUGGCUCCAGGAAAAGUUGGAAAAUACCUCUUUGAAGCCGGAAGCAAAGAGGUACUUGGAGAGGCUGAUCAAACUGGGCAGACGGAGUGGCCUCCACCUCCCCAAGGAGACUCAGGAGAAAAUCAAAGCCAUUAAGAAAAAGCUGAGUUUGCUUUGCAUCGACUUCAACAAAAACCUCAACGAAGACACGACCUUCUUGCCGUUCACCCGGGAAGAGCUGGGAGGGCUCCCUGAGGACUUCUUGAGUUCCCUGGAGAAGACAGAAGAUGGGAAGCUGAAGGUCACCUUGAAGUAUCCCCAUUAUUUCCCCCUGAUGAAGAAGUGCCACGUCCCUGAGACCAGGAGACAGAUGGAGGACAAAUUCAACUCCAGGUGCAAGGAGGAGAACUGCCUCAUCCUGAAGGAGCUGGUGGAUCUGCGGGCCCAGAAAUCCGCCCUCCUGGGCUUCGAGACGCACGCUGACUUCGUACUGGAGAUGAACAUGGCCAAGAAUUGCACGACAGUCGCGACUUUUCUAAACGAGUUGGCCACCAAACUGCAGCCCCUGGGAGAGAAGGAGCGGGCCACGAUCCUCGACCUGAAGCAAAAGGAGUGUGAGAAGCGCCGGCUGCCUUUCGACAAGCGCAUCAAUGCCUGGGACAUGCGCUACUACAUGAACCAAGUUGAGGAGAGCCAGUACAGUGUGGACCAGAACUUGCUGAAAGAAUAUUUCCCCAUGGAGGUGGUGACGGCCGGCUUGCUGGAGAUCUACCAGGAGCUGCUGGAGCUGACUUUCCACCUAGAGAAGGGCGCCCAGGUGUGGCACAAGGAUGUCCAGCUCUAUACCGUCAAAGACGCCGCCUCGGGGGAGACCAUUGGCAAAUUCUACCUGGACCUUUACCCGCGAGAGGGAAAAUACAGCCACGCCGCCUGCUUUGGACUCCAGCCCGGCUGCUUGCUGGCGGACGGCAGCCGGCAGAUCUCUGUGGCCGCCAUGGUGGCGAAUUUCACCAAGCCGACGCUGGACGCGCCUUCCUUGCUGCAGCACGAUGAGGUGGAGACGUACUUCCACGAGUUCGGCCACGUGAUGCACCAGCUUUGUUCUCAGGCUGAUUUUGCCAUGUUCAGCGGGACCCACGUGGAGCGGGACUUUGUGGAGGCCCCAUCCCAGAUGCUGGAGAACUGGGUGUGGGAGAAGGCGCCUCUCCUGCGCAUGUCCAAGCACUACAAAACCGGCAGCCCCAUCCCAGACGAUCUCCUGGAGAAGCUCAUCAAAUCUCGCCAGGCGAACACAGGGCUAUUCAACUUGCGGCAGAUCGUUCUGGCGAAGGUGGACCAGGCCUUGCACACGCAAACGAACGCCGACCCUGUGGAGGAGUACACCCGGCAGUGCGACAAGAUCUUGGGUGUCCCUGCGACCCCAGGUACAAACAUGCCAGCCACGUUUGGCCACUUGGCAGGAGGCUACGAUGCCCAGUAUUACGGCUACCUCUGGAGCGAGGUCUACUCCAUGGACAUGUUCUACACACGGUUCAAGCGGGAAGGAAUCAUGAACCCUAAGGUGGGGAUAGACUACCGGAAUUGCAUCCUCCGCCCUGGGGGCUCCCUCAACGCCUCCGACAUGCUGCUCAAGUUUCUCGGCAGGAACCCCAAGCAGGAUGCCUUCCUGGCCAGCAAAGGGUUAGCCGUAGAGCCCAGCAGUCUCCCUUCAGCUUGCUGAACUGUCCGUUGGUGGUCGUCCUCCUCCUGCCCACCCGACUCGUCUGCGCUCCCAGUGGUCGUUCUUGGGUCCUGAAUCCCUUGCCUGGGGGCUGCCAGAUCCCUUUGCAGAACUAGUCUUGAAAAGGGCAUGAGACAGGAGAGGAGGUUUUGGGGGGGGUGUGUGUGUGGGGAAGGGUGUUAUUGCUGAAUUUCUUAUGUCCUCUAUAUACUUCCCCCUCCACACACACCCCUCCCGGGCCCAAGCUUGGUGAGACCAGCAGGAAAUAAAUGUCUAUAAUAUAUUUGGUUUUUCUGGGUGCAGAGAAGGGGAAAAUUAGUUUUUAGAAAAAGGAAAACGAAGCUAUAAUUGGGCUGUGAUUUUACGGAUUCCUUUCAGAAACGGUUUCUUAAGAAGGCAGUGACUCUUUCCAAACUUAGGGUGGUGUCCAACGAAAUCUUAGAGUACACAUUGAAAAGAGUGGGCUUCAGUUGAGAGCACAGCCCUUGGAAUUAGUUCCCACCUCGAAAGUGGCUAGGAAACAGGAGAGAGCGUGGUUGGGAUUUGCACCUUCUUAAUUUGUAAUCCAGAUCGCUGGUCAGCAGCGAGGCCACGCUCAUUCAGGAUGCCUUGGGUUCGCAAAUGGCUUCCCAAGUCUGGAUUCAUCAGAUCCUGGGGGGAUGGCCUGGCUUCCAGCUUGGCUACUGACAUCACCCUGUGGUUGUUUUUAAAAUAUUGUUCUGGAUCACACAAAGGUUCUUUAUAGUUGGUGCCACUCUCUUCCUGUGGGUUUGAGGUGCUUCUUUUCGUGGUGUAUGUGCUUGGGGGGAGCAAACCACAGUUGACUCCGUCCCCCAGAGGCUUAGUACAGUAGGACACAUACCCAUCAGAUGCUUAAGAGGGCAGGAUUCCCCCUCCCUCGGAGGAUGGCAGGACCCCCUUCUGUUUCAGUUAGAUCCUAUCGCCACUCUGGAAGCUGCAGUCUCGCUCUCAAACCUUCCUGGUUGCAGCAAAGUUUCAAGAUUUUGAAGUUUUUAAGGAUGAAGGGAAACCUUUACUGAGUGAAGUGGUUUAGUAAAAAAAAGGCAGGGAAGGGUGACUCACAUGGGCAAGAUCCUUCAGAGUCUCUGCUGAGAUCUUGGCAGGUCUCUCUGCUCUGCCCCAGUUUUGCUGACCACUCCAUGGAGCGGCGAUCUCCUCCUCCCCUCCCCUGCCCCCCUCAUUUUUACACCGCAUCUAAAACAGAUUGUGACCUCUCCAGGAUACCUUGAGGUUAAUCAAAAGUUGUUGUGUGCCCCCACAACUCCCUUCUUGUCGACGACGGCCGGAUUUUAGAUUUGACGGCAAACACUACAAAUAAAGUUUUUGAAAUUUUGA